UCGAGAUCUACCAAAUUUAGACGAAUGAGACAAGAGAUCCUAUUGGUCAAACGGAAUCAACAAGGCGAGCGUAUGGGAAAUUCAAGUACGAUGUUAGAUGCUGAAAAAUACAGGUUUUCCAUUUUAAACCUGUGUGUUUGAAGAUUUGUUACCAUGAAGAGAACAUCUGUCAGAACAGACUCAGUAUCAGCCAGACAGAGCACUAAGACCACUGGCCGAAUGCAAAGUAAAAUCCCCCAGUAUGUGCAUGGGGAGAAGAAGACUAAGGCAGUGCCCGACUUUGGGAAACUCCAUGAAAGAUGGCAGAAGAAGCUGGAGGAGGGCAAAGUUUGUCAGAAGAAGCCACAGACAAUGCCAACUGAGUUUAACCUCAGUAAGAGCAAGAAGCCUGAUACAUCAAAGCAUGCAAAGAAACAGCUGUUCUCCGUCGACGAUUUUGAGGCGAACCACAAGUCCUUGGAUGCAAUCCUCCGUGGACUUCCGCAGCGUGAGGUUGCAUCCAGACGAGCAACAACAGCAACAGGAAGAGAUGUGAAGAGGAGUCAAAGUUGUACCAAUGUUGGGCGGAGGCGUGUCCUAGGAGACCUUCCGCACGACCCAGAUCAGACGUCCAAGGCCAACAGGCGUCGGAGUCGAAGUGCACGAGCAGAGGUCCCGCUCAAGGCACUGAAAGAGAGCGACGAAGUGAGCUUUGAGCCUGACCCCCAGGCCUUACGCAGCAUCAUUAACAGUGAGGGGAUGACCCCAGUCAGAGUGGCCGCCCCCAAACGACAGACCACCAGUGGAGCCGUCAUCAGACAGUUUGUUAAGGAGAGGCCAUCCAUCUAUGAUGCAAUGACAAGCUCACGGAACUCUUUUGCUGCAGUAAGAUUGACGGGGAAGACUACGACAGCCAGUCAUCCGCAUAAACGACAUGACAGUAGUCCUGGACAAAAGAGGCCCCAGCCCAGCAGAGAUCCAGCCCCGCCCCAUCAGCGAGAGCAGACUGUCCCCAAAAGUGGUCACAGUUUUCACCAACAGGGCAGGGAUCCGCAUGAAAAAUCCAAAAAGUCUGCGGAGAUACAGCCACAGUCACUGGAUGAUGAGUUCGAAGUUGAUCCUCAAUCCCUGAAGAGCAUCAUCAACAGUGAGGGAUUGACCCCAGUCAGAGUUACUGCCCCUGUUAGGAGGACCCUGGGGGGUCAUGCCUUAAGACAGGAGCGGCCGUCCAUCUACGAUGCCAUGACCAGUUCUCGGAACCACUCACUGUUUGGACAGGUGAGACUGUCCGAGUAUAGCCGACCUGGCCCCAGGACAGGAAGAGGGUGGCCCCUCACAGGCUCCUGUUCCUCUCCGGCUCCCACAAGUUUCCCCUUUGGGAGGACCCCAGCCAAAGGACCCGUGCCGGACCUCAUCAGAAGUGCUACCAAGAGUGAGGCGAGGCGAGUCCCAAGAAAUGAGAACGGCAUUCUGGCGGAUGGACCCUCAAGGAGGCUUGGAGAACAGAAGCAUGUCAAAUGGGCUGAUGUGUUUGAAGAGUCUGCUGCUAAAGAAAAGGACAAUGUUCAAAAGACUUUGUUUACAACCAAUGAGGAUUCAGAGGAAGAGGAGGGAGAGAGCAAGGAAAAUAUCUGUCCACUGAUCAAACCGCUCACUCCAGGCAGAGUCUGCAAGCACAACAACGACUCAGCAAAAUCAAUCCCACAAUUCCCUAGGGAGAGUGGUCAGUCUCGGACUGUCCAGUCUGACACAGGGCAGCGUGCCACUGUCAAGGCAUCUUGGGGUCAGACCCUUAGGGGCGAGGGAGCGGGCUCUGGUGCCAGUGAGUUUGGGGAGGGACUCGAGCCUGGCUCGAGCUCUGAUGGGGAAUCUCGGGUCCCUGCCAGCGGCACGGAUGGAAGUGUUUACAAACGAGGACUUUUUCCUACCACUGCUGAUAAAGCAAAUUGUCACGAUGAUUCACCCCAUGUUUCUGAAGAUGUUUUACCAAUAUCUGGAGAUCGGAGCUGCAUUAGAGAGGGGGUGACUCAUUCUUCUGUUGUACUACUGCAAGCCUGCAGUCGCCAGCUUGCUGGAGACAGUGAAUGCAAUAGUAACCCCAGGAAGGAUACCUGUCUUGUGCAGGAAGGACCUUACUCUACUAAUUUGGAAUCCUCCAAAAGACUGCAACACCCUUCCUUGAUUGUAGAGCAGGGGCUUAGGAAUCCUGCACCGCCGGUGCUGCAAAAUUUACCUGGAAAUUUGUCAGAGGACUCAGCAUACAGGUGGGAGAAUCCAGUUGUAAGAGCCGAGGCCCUGCAAUCGAGAGAUGUUCAGGCAACUUCAAAUGCUUUCAUAGAAAAGGAAAACAAGAUUAACAGAGAUGAUGGCAAGUUCAGAGACUGUACCCUAGAACAGGGGAACCUGUUAGCGUUUGCUCCAUCAGAUGGUUUCAAUGUAAUAAAAGAAAAUCUAGCAACAUCAGGCAUACCUCUCUUUCCCACCACAAAAGAUAGCAAAGACCAUGGAACUUUGGAUGCUUCGUCUUUCAAACACCCCCCAGCCCAAUGUGAACAGCCGGUUCUACUCGCAGAACAAAGACAAAAAAAUGCCGCCAGUGUCCGGAAUUCGGAGUUAGCUGGUCACAUUGCUUCGGACUGUCCCCGGGAUGACCUUCGGGGCGAGAAACGCUACUUUGGAACUUACAAUUCUACAGACGUGCUUAGAUCCCAGGCUGAAAGUCAAGAGAGACAAUGUGAAACGAGACAAUCUGUAAUUAACAAAACAACACUCCAAGAGAAUCGGACCAUGGCAAUGUUCACAGAAGGAGACCAGGAGGAGGGCAGUCAGGGACCCACAAACUCGGCCAGGGACCAGAGCGCUGGGGGCGGGAGCGAGCACACUCGGGACUCGGUAGGGAACUUUGUGGGGCGAGUGCAGAAGAGCAAGAAGAGACAGAGCAUUGCUGAGCUCAAUGAGAGCAUUUCUGAGUCCAAUUUACACAUGCAGACUCUGUGUCAACAGGCCCAGAGUCUCAGGAACCAGAGCAAGACUAGAAAGAACAACAACAUCAUGUACCAACUGGAGCUGAUCCGGAAACAACAGGAGGAGCUGCUUAAACUCCAGAGGGAGCUACAGGAACAGCUCCAGACGGAGGCCGAGAGUCAGGAGGUCGAAGGUCAUACAGAUAACCAAUGGAGCGAGAGUGGGCGUGGCACAAUUGAUACACAGGUCAGUGAGUUGAUAUCGUCGUCUGAGCGCAUGUUGUCUCUUCGUGACGAGGACAGAUUGACGCAGAAUCUGGAGAGCAUCAUGGAGGAAGAGAAAAAUAACAAUGACUCCUUGUAUAAUGUGAAGUCUCCAGUGAAUCCGUUUGGAUCCAAACGGGAGGAUUUAUCUGUGAUGGAACCAUGUGGUCAGCUUUUGGCUUCAAAGACACUGUUUAGCACACCAAGGACAUCUCAAUUCUCUCACAGUAUACAAAGUCAUCUAUUAACACCUAGUCUUCAGAAUCGCAUUUGUGAUGCACAAAGUUCUAUUCCUUUAAUUCAGUCGCCCAAACCGGUCAAACCCACUCUGGAUGUUCAGAGGGAGGGGUCAAAGUCACCCUCACCUCCUCCAAUAUGGACCGCAAUGGCACUUAAGUGUGAGGCAGAGCGUCAGACAACCCCUGACACCAGGUCCUCACCCAGUGUCAAAAGGAGGCUGGAACAUGACCCGGACUAUGCAAUCUCUGUCCCAGAGGAACCAAUGGACCUCAGUACAAAGUCUGUACAGGAAUCAAGCUUUAGACAAGUCCCUUCCAUUGAAACCAGUGUGACUUCUAAAAGACCUCUCUCUGCUUCAUCCUCUUCUUUCUCCUCUCCCAAACCAUUUCAGUCGCUAGAAGUUGGGUCGCUCUCACUACGAGCCAAUACGACUAGUUCACCAUUGCUUACCCAUAAUCCAGUGUCCCGACCCCCUCUGACCAGCAGCAGACCCUUUCAACCAACUCAGGAAAUCCCCUUGUACAAGGAGGUGUUGUCGAUAGCCAAUGAGCAGAGGUAUCGUGAGGCGUUGCUGGACGAUGAGUGUGCGAGGUACUGCUGUAGGCUGCAGGCUACACAGCCCCUCAGUUUCUGGUUCAAUAGAGGCUAUGUCAACCCUGUAGCUACUGUGCUGUCCAAUGGAGAUGAAAUGCACUUUGUACCAAUCCAUGAGGAUUUGCUACCAGUGGUGUCUGUAGGGGAGGGGUCAGCAUUCUACUCCUACUCCCCCUGAUUGCGAGUGACCGUCACCCUAAUAACCAGACACACAUUAAUACACUCCUCUCGGAGAGACUUUGGACACUGAGGGCCGAUGGAGAUUUCAAAUUUUCAUGCACUGUUUUGACUUUGAGAAACACAUAGAGAAGUGUGGUAACAGAACAGCUAAGGGACAUCCCAGCACAGAUGCAGUGAAAAAAAAAAUAACUUGACCUUGAAAAUCUGGAUGAUGUUCCGACCUUGACCUCAAAAGAAUCGGGAUUGAAGAGCGCUGUGCUUGGAACACAUAAAAAACUUGAGUGUGGAGGACAAGGACUUUUUACUCAAUUUUUUACAUGGCAGGGAUUGUUGGAUUUCUGUUUUUUCACUUUUUGAGAUGGAUUUUGUGAUGAUACGGGUCAAGGUUCAAGGUGAUAUGUGUUACUGCGGUGUGUUUUGUUGUGGUCGUUAUUACGGUGGAUUUGCAUUUGAUGUGUAUCUAAAACGAUAGUAUUAUGGAUGUUGUUUUUACUGAAAUGUUAUGACAUGUUCUGUAGCACUAAUGAUUCCAGUGCAACUUAUUGUCUGGUUCCCUUGCUAUUAUGUCAUUUUGUGUGCUAAGGGGUGCCCAGUGGAAGAAGAACUAGUCAAAAUUUGGGGGUUUUGAGCUGCUGAAAUUGUGCAUUUAAAUUCACUGAAAAAAGGGAGUAGAUCUAAGUAGCCUAUAUGAAAAUUAUGUGCAUAGAUUCUGUUGAAAGAGCAGAACUAUUUUGGUAGCAGAGCAUUUUAUUUUUGUCUUAAAUAGGUUUGUUGAAAAAUUAAGCUAGUAUGUUUUUGUUAUACACUAAAAAAAUGAAACAAUAUUUAGCAGCAUUUGCUUAGUAUUCUAUUUCUUCUGAAAGUUUCAUCAUCAAUCAAAAUUUUACAAACUAUUUCUUAAUUUUGUUAAAAUUAUGAUUUUCAUCUUUUUCUCUCUCUUUCCUUACUCUUUUCCUUAGUCUAUUCAUAUAGAAUAAGUCUUAGUCUGGUUCAAAGAAAAGAUUUGAUGAAAAAAGUGUGUAAACUAUCAGUUUCUCUCUAAAUGACUUUGAUCAGUGUAAAUGUUAGAUCUUUUUUGUGUUACAUUGGUGCCGCUGCCAGGAUAGUUUUGACUGUUUUGAAAUGUGCAUCAGGAAAACUGACAAUCAAGUGUCUAGUGUAUUGCCAUAUUUUUCUUGCCUGUUGAAUUGAUAGUGUGUAAAAAAAAAAAUAUUCUAAUUGUUGGCAGUUUUCACAGUGAUUAUAGAAAUGUAUGAUCCAUGUAGCUUAUAAACUUGUAUAUGGUACUCACUAAUUCAUAGUUGUACAUGUACUUUAUUAUUCUCAUACUUAAAUAAUGCCCCUUUCAUGCAGUCAAAUUGGAUGGUAGAGAGAUAGCUAAGUUCUUGUAAGUUUUUAUGAUACACACGCAGAGACAUUGAAAGAAAGGCCAGAACUUUGAGAAAGAAAAAAUAUAGUCAUUACAAAGUCCUCUUAUGACUACAAAAAUGGCAAAUUUUGUCAAGUAUGCAACACAUAAUCAAAUUUUUUUAGAGAUGUUCAUGUAUCUGUCUAAAAAGUAUAAACAUUAUAUAACCAUUGUAUUACAAGUGAAUGAAUAUAUGGCCAACUCAAAAUCAUGAUUAAGUAAGAAAGAUGAUACGGUAAUGCGUGUUAAUUCAAAAAUUGUAAAUAGUCUCGCAGUAUAUUUAUAUCUAGAUCAUAAAGAUAUAUUAUGCACAUUAUUAUAACCUUUCCUCUGCUAACUAGCCAAAGCACUACGCACAGUUUUUGGUAUUGAUAUGAUAUAUGUAAUGUAUUACAUGUUUGUGUAUACUCCGUACAGUGAAAUCUGUCUAUAGCGGAUAAUCCAGUGUGGGGAACAAAUUACAUAUUGUAAAAGUCUUUUAUUUAGUUCAGGUUGUACUCAAGAUAUGCCCUAAACACACACAGAGCUCAUAUUUUGAACGAAUAUUUUAAUUGUGCUAAUAUGAUGGUAUAACCACAAUUUAAUUCUGUUUUUAUUGUAGACCAAUUAAAUUUACUCACAUUUUGACUUUCUAUUUAACUAAUUUAUGUUGAAUUUGCACAUGAAGUAAAAUUCAUAUGGCAAUUGUUUGAACAGGUUGUCAGUAAUUUUGAUAACAAAUUUACCAAAUGUGAUCAUAGGGUUGUAAUGUACAGUGCUUCGGGUUACACAGGUGUCGGUAUAGACAGGUAUCACUGUAUGUAGUCUUGAGUGGUAGUCUUUAUUUGUACAUGUAUUUCUGAAGUUUGUUUCAUUCAGAUGAGCUGUGAUAUAUUCACUGUAGCCUUUUUUAGAACAACAUCUUAUUAAUAGGAGACAUAUAUUAGGUGCUAAUAAUACCACUCUACUACUAACUUUUGUUUGUUGACAAUUCAAUCAUUGGAAUACCUCAAACAAUACAGGGAAAAAAGGGUGAAGUUAAUCUGGUUUCUACCUGGAAAUUGUAUAGUACUUUUAGAAUCUGAAUGCCAUAGUUAUAUACACUAUUAGAAAAUACUUUCAAGAUUUUUUUUGGUGACAGAAAUUCGAUAACACCUUGUUAUCUUUUGGACGUAUUCUCCAUUUUUUAAACCACAUCACUGAAACUUGCAAAAUCUGUGAAUCAUGCUCUGUUUUUCUCUCUAUCAUUUUCCAUACUGUUUCUCUCUUUCUAUCUAGAUCUCUCAGUUUUCAUUAGGUAUUUCAUUAUGCACCAAUCUAGCUUCUUACACAGUAGGUUAAUACAUCAUAGCACAACCUCUGGUGGUGUGUUAAGUGUAGUGUAGAAAAUAUCCAUGGCUAAGGUGCUGGUCACCUCUCCAGCUAAGGGUACAUGUAGACAAAGGGUUUUUCUUGUGGUUUUUUUUUUAAAACGAGGUUUUUUUACAAUAUUGCUCUUGGCUCAAGCUUUCUCACCCGGUUUUCAGCUUUUGUUAUCAAAAAAGACCCAUCAGUAUUUCAACAUGCCAAAAAAAAAAUAGAAAUAUUACCACCGUACAUUAAAAUAAGGAGUUUGCAUUUGUCUGUUCUGAUCAAUUGCAGUUGAAAAAAUCAUUUGUCACAAAAAUAUGCAUGUUGCUACCAGUUUCUUAGAUGUAAUGGAGAAAUUGAUUUUUUUUUUUAAUUGAUGAAGCUAAUUGCAAUUUUUGUAAUGGACUGAAUUAUGUUUGUGUAAACAUAGUGCACAGUUCACUCAGUUUUCUGUGAUCUCAAGUUGUAUAGGAACUUUUUCGCUUUCUUCAAGGAACUUUUUUUUCUUUUCAUUUGAUAACAUUCCCCUCCAUAUUAACAAGUAGUUCCUCAAUUGUGUUUGUGACCAAUUGUUGAGUAUAUUAUAUUUUUUUCCCUGUAAAAUGUUUUAUGCCUUGGCUAUGUUUUUCCUAUACUUUUUGUUUGUGCAUUUUUGUCGUUUUUUUUUUUUGGUAUCUAUUUUUCUUCUUUCUUUGUUCUUUUUUUUUUAGGCUGGUCGAAUAGAUCACUUUGUGUUUCAUGACAAUGGUAUAGAAUUGUUCAGAACUUUAAAGAAAUAAAUGUGAUGAUUUGGUUUUUUUUCUUUUGUAAGUGGCCAUAUUUUGUGAUUUAAAACAGAUUACUAGUAUUUCCAUUAAUCUUAGGAAUAAGACAUUAUACAUGUAAAGGUAAUCACAUGUAGAUCUACGUGUAUAUCGACAACUCUGUAGACUCUUUUGGUUAGAAUCCAUGGUUUUUGUUUUUUUUCUCAAACUUACAAAAAUGAGAGAAUUUUUAAUUUUUUGGUUUCUUUUUCCAAGCUUGGGCCCCUGAGGAUUAAGGGGUUGAUAAAGAGAGAGAAUAAUAUAUGGAGAUUGGUAAAUUUCCAUUAUCGGUAAUUUUAUGUGUAUGUGUAGAGAUUUGUAGACUUCUCUAUACCUCCCAUUGUUCCAGUUUUUUGUGGGUUUUUUUUAAAUCUCAGUAUAUUUCCUGGAGUAUUUUUGUUAUUGUCCUGUUUUUUUUAUAUCUUGUUUCAUUUCACAGUUUUGUGGAAAAAAGGCUUUUAUAGAAGAAAAGUGAAAAAUGUUUCUAAUUAAUAAAAAACAAUAAAUGUUAUCGCUUGGA